AUGAGCUUUACCCUCCACUCAGUUUUCUUCACCUUGAAGGUGAGCAUCUUUCUGGGCUCCCUGGUGGGACUCUGCCUGGGUCUGGAAUUCAUGGGUCUCCCUAACCAGUGGGCCCGCUACCUGCGCUGGGAUGCAAGCACGCGCAGUGAUCUGAGCUUCCAGUUCAAGACCAAUGUUUCCACUGGGCUGCUCCUGUAUUUGGAUGAUGGUGGUGUCUGUGACUUCCUCUGCCUCUCCCUGGUGGAUGGCCGCGUUCAGCUUCGCUUUAGCAUGGACUGCGCCGAGACUACCGUGUUGUCCAACAAGCAGGUGAACGACAGCAGUUGGCACUUCCUCAUGGUGAGCCGUGACCGUGUGCGCACUGGGCUGGUGAUUGAUGGCGAGGGCCAAUCUGGCGAGCUACGGCCCCAGCGGCCCUAUAUGGAUGUAGUCAGUGAUUUGUUCCUCGGUGGCGUUCCUGCUGACAUUCGACCUUCUGCCCUGACCCUCGAUGGAGUACAGAACAUGCCUGGCUUUAAGGGAUUAAUCCUGGAUCUCAAGUAUGGCAACUCGGAACCUCGGCUUCUGGGGAGCCAGAGCGUCCAGUUAGAAGCAGAGGGACCCUGUGGCGAGCGUCCCUGUGAAAAUGGUGGGAUCUGCUUCCUCUUGGAUGGUCAUCCCACUUGCGACUGUUCUACCACUGGCUAUGGUGGCACACUCUGCUCAGAAGAUGUCAGUCAAGGUCCAGGCCUCUCCCAUCUUAUGAUGAGUGAACAAGCGCGAGAGGAGAACGUGGCUACCUUCCGAGGCUCAGAGUAUCUGUGCUACGACCUGUCCCAGAACCCCAUCCAGAGCAGCAGCGACGAGAUCACCCUUUCCUUUAAGACCUGGCAGCGCAAUGGGCUCAUCCUCCACACUGGCAAAUCAGCCGACUAUGUUAACCUGGCUCUGAAGGAUGGUGCGGUCUCCUUGGUCAUUAACCUGGGGUCCGGGGCCUUUGAGGCCAUUGUGGAGCCAGUGAAUGGGAAAUUCAACGACAACGCUUGGCAUGAUGUCAAAGUGACACGCAAUCUUCGGCAGGUGACAAUCUCUGUGGAUGGCAUCCUAACCACAACAGGCUAUACUCAAGAGGACUACACCAUGCUGGGCUCAGAUGACUUCUUCUAUGUUGGUGGAAGCCCAAGUACUGCAGACUUGCCAGGUUCACCUGUGAGCAACAACUUCAUGGGCUGCCUUAAAGAGGUUGUUUAUAAGAAUAAUGACAUCCGUCUGGAGCUGUCUCGCUUGGCCAGGAUUGGGGACACCAAGAUGAAAAUCUAUGGUGAAGUUGUAUUCAAGUGUGAGAAUGUGGCCACACUGGACCCUAUCAACUUUGAGACCCCAGAGGCUUACAUCAGCUUGCCCAAGUGGAACACCAAACGUAUGGGUUCCAUCUCCUUUGACUUUCGCACCACUGAGCCCAACGGCCUGAUCCUCUUCACUCACGGGAAGCCCCAAGAAAGGAAAGAUGUCCGGAGCCAAAAGAACACAAAAGUUGACUUCUUUGCUGUGGAACUUCUUGAUGGCAACCUGUAUUUGCUGCUUGACAUGGGCUCUGGCACCAUCAAAGUGAAGGCGACUCAGAAGAAAGCCAAUGAUGGGGAAUGGUACCAUGUGGAUAUUCAACGUGAUGGCAGAUCAGGUACCAUAUCUGUGAACAGCAGGCGCACGCCAUUCACCGCCAGUGGGGAGAGUGAAAUCCUGGACCUGGAGGGGGACAUGUAUCUGGGUGGGCUGCCAGAGAACCGAGCUGGCCUCAUUCUCCCCACGGAGCUCUGGACCGCCAUGCUCAACUACGGUUAUGUGGGCUGCAUCCGCGACCUGUUCAUCGACGGGCGCAGUAAGAACAUCCGGCAGCUGGCGGAGAUGCAGAAUGCAGCAGGCGUCAAGUCCUCCUGUUCACGCAUGAGUGCCAAGCAGUGUGACAGCUACCCCUGCAAGAACAAUGCAGUGUGCAAGGACGGCUGGAACCGCUUCAUCUGUGACUGCACUGGCACCGGCUACUGGGGGAGAACCUGUGAAAGAGAGGCAUCCAUCCUGAGCUAUGACGGCAGCAUGUAUAUGAAGGUCAUCAUGCCCAUGGUGAUGCACACGGAGGCAGAGGAUGUCUCCUUCCGCUUCAUGUCACAGCGAGCCUAUGGGCUACUGGUAGCCACUACUUCCAGGGACUCUGCAGAUACACUGCGCCUAGAGUUGGAUGGUGGGCGUGUCAAGCUCAUGGUUAACUUAGACUGUAUCAGGAUAAACUGUAACUCCAGCAAAGGCCCUGAGACCCUGUACGCAGGGCAGAAACUCAACGACAAUGAAUGGCACACUGUCCGGGUAGUGCGGAGAGGAAAGAGCCUGAAGCUGACAGUGGAUGACGAUGUGGCUGAGGGUACGAUGGUGGGCGACCACACCCGCCUGGAGUUCCACAAUAUUGAAACUGGUAUCAUGACCGAGAAGCGUUACAUCUCUGUGGUCCCCUCCAGUUUCAUUGGCCAUCUACAGAGCCUCAUGUUCAAUGGCUUGCUGUACAUUGAUUUGUGCAAAAAUGGUGACAUCGACUACUGUGAACUGAAGGCUCGCUUUGGACUGAGGAACAUCAUUGCAGACCCUGUCACUUUUAAGACCAAGAGCAGCUACCUGACCCUUGCCACCCUACAGGCCUACACCUCCAUGCACCUCUUCUUCCAGUUCAAGACCACAUCAGCUGAUGGCUUCAUUCUCUUCAACAGUGGUGAUGGCAAUGAUUUUAUUGCAGUUGAACUGGUCAAGGGCUACAUACACUAUGUGUUUGAUCUUGGCAAUGGUCCCAAUGUGAUCAAAGGCAACAGUGACCGCCCCCUGAAUGACAACCAGUGGCACAACGUGGUCAUCACUAGGGACAACAGUAAUACCCACAGCCUGAAGGUGGACACCAGGGUCGUCACUCAGGUCAUCAAUGGUGCCAAAAAUCUGGAUUUGAAAGGUGACCUCUACAUGGCUGGCUUAGCCCAGGGCAUGUACAGCAACCUUCCAAAGCUUGUGGCCUCCCGGGAUGGAUUUCAGGGCUGCCUGGCCUCUGUGGACUUAAACGGGCGCCUGCCUGAUCUCAUCAACGAUGCUCUCCACAGGAGUGGACAGAUCGAGCGAGGCUGUGAAGGACCCAGCACCACCUGCCAGGAGGAUUCAUGUGCCAACCAGGGUGUUUGCAUGCAGCAGUGGGAAGGCUUCACCUGUGACUGCUCCAUGACAUCAUAUUCUGGAAACCAGUGCAAUGACCCUGGUGCAACCUAUAUCUUUGGGAAAAGUGGUGGCCUCAUCCUCUAUACCUGGCCAGCAAAUGACAGACCCAGCACUCGCUCUGACCGCCUUGCCGUGGGCUUCAGCACCACUGUGAAGGAUGGUAUCUUAGUACGCAUUGACAGUGCCCCUGGACUUGGCGACUUCCUCCAGCUUCACAUAGAACAAGGGAAAAUUGGAGUUGUCUUCAAUAUUGGCACAGUUGACAUCUCCAUCAAAGAGGAGAGAACCCCUGUCAAUGAUGGCAAAUACCACGUGGUACGCUUCACCAGGAAUGGGGGAAAUGCCACCCUUCAAGUGGACAACUGGCCAGUGAAUGAGCAUUAUCCUACAGGCAACACUGAUAAUGAACGCCUCCAAAUGGUAAAACAGAAAAUCCCCUUCAAAUAUAACCGGCCUGUAGAGGAGUGGCUGCAGGAAAAAGGCCGGCAGCUAACCAUCUUCAACACCCAGGCGCAAAUAGCCAUCGGAGGAAAGGACAAAGGACGUCUCUUCCAAGGCCAACUCUCUGGGCUCUAUUAUGAUGGUUUGAAAGUACUGAACAUGGCAGCUGAGAACAACCCUAAUAUUAAAAUCAAUGGAAGUGUCCGGCUAGUGGGAGAAGUCCCAUCAGUGUCGGGAACUACACAGACAACCUCCAUGCCACCUGAAAUGUCUACUACUGUUAUGGAAACCACCACCACCAUGGCUACGACCACCACCCGCAAGAAUCGCUCUACAGCCAGCAUUCAGCCAACAUCAGAUGAUCUUGUUUCAUCUGCUGAAUGUUCAAGUGAUGAUGAAGACUUUGUCGAAUGUGAACCAAGUACAGAUAAGAGUCUUUCCACUUCAAUCUUCGAAGGUGGCUACAAAGCACAUGCGCCCAAGUGGGAAUCCAAGGACUUUAGACCUAACAAAGUCUCGGAAACUAGUAGAACUACAACCACCUCUUUGUCCCCUGAGCUGAUCCGCUUCACAGCGUCCUCCUCGUCUGGGAUGGUGCCCAAAUUGCCAGCUGGCAAAAUGAAUAACCGUGAUCUCAAACCCCAGCCUGAUAUAGUCUUGCUUCCGUUGCCCACUGCCUAUGAGCUAGACAGCACCAAACUGAAGAGCCCACUAAUUACUUCCCCCAUGUUCCGUAAUGUGCCCACAGCAAACCCCACGGAGCCAGGAAUCAGACGGGUUCCGGGGGCCUCAGAGGUGAUCCGGGAGUCCAGCAGUACAACAGGGAUGGUCGUCGGCAUUGUGGCUGCUGCCGCCCUCUGCAUCUUGAUCCUCCUGUACGCCAUGUACAAGUACAGGAACAGGGACGAGGGGUCCUAUCAAGUGGAUGAGACGAGGAACUACAUCAGCAACUCGGCCCAGAGCAACGGCACUCUCCUGAAAGAGAAGCAAGCCAGCUCCAAGAGCGGCCAUAAGAAACAGAAAAACAAGGACAAGGAAUAUUAUGUGUAA